GCGAGGUGGAGGGCAGCGAAGCCAUUCAUUUGGGAAAUAGUGUGGCCUUAUCUCCCUCACUCAACGCCGCCCCAUAUAUAUAGUAUCUCAACAUCCCUUCAUUGUUUUUCCUUUCAAAAUAUCUCCAGCUCCCUUAAAGCCUAUCUUCUUCUUCUUCUUCUUCUACUACUAAACUUCGAGGGUGAAAUGGCCUCCAUACACCAAACCCCAUCACUGGAGGUCUCCUCUUCUGCCGCUAAUACAAGAAAGAUAACACCACCCACUCCUUCAACUUCUCGUUUCUCUUUGCCCUUUACUUUUAAGUCUCAGUUCAACGCCUUGGUAGUCGGUGGGAGGCCAUUGCUUGGUGGGUUUAACCACUCUUCUGUUCCUCGUGCCGUUGCCACUCCCAAUUCAGUUCUCAGCGAACAAGCCUUCGAAGGUCUUUCGCUUCACCAAGAAGACGACGACGUUUAUGACUCCGAGGGUGAGGUUGAGAGUGGGCUCGAGUCUGAGUCUACCCACGACGAUGAACUCGACCUUUCCAAGUUGGGUUUGCCUCAGCGACUCGUUGAUUCACUUCUCAAACGUGGCAUCACUCACCUUUUCCCCAUUCAGAGAGCUGUAUUGGUACCGGCACUGCAAGGUAGAGACAUCAUUGCUCGUGCAAAAACUGGAACUGGCAAGACAUUAGCCUUUGGGAUUCCUAUAAUUAAACAAAUUACUGAAGAUGAAGGCCAACGCACAAGGAGGAUGUCGGGUCGGCUGCCAAGAGUUUUGGUCUUGGCUCCGACUCGGGAGUUAGCCAAACAAGUGGAGAAAGAAAUUAAGGAGUCGGCGUCUUAUUUGAACACGGUUUGCGUGUAUGGGGGGGUUUCUUAUAAUUUGCAGCGAAAUGCUCUUUCCCGUGGGGUUGAUGUAGUGGUCGGAACUCCUGGUCGAAUCAUUGAUCUGAUCGAAAGUAAAGACCUCAGAUUGGGGGAAGUUGAAUAUCUGGUCCUUGAUGAAGCUGAUCAGAUGCUUGCUGUUGGAUUCGAGGAGGCUGUUGAAGAAAUUUUAGAAAAUCUACCAUCAAAGAGACAGAGCAUGCUCUUCUCUGCAACCAUGCCUUCUUGGGUUAAAAAGUUGGCAAGAAAAUACUUGGACAAUCCUCUAAAUAUUGACUUGGUUGGAGACCGAGAUGAAAAACUUGCUGAAGGGAUCAAACUUUAUGCAAUAUCAGCCACUGCAACUUCAAAGCGGACCAUUCUUAGUGAUCUUAUAACAGUUUAUGCAAAGGGUGGGAAAACCAUUGUCUUUACACAAACGAAACGAGAUGCUGAUGAAGUGUCUAUGGCUUUAACAAGUAGCAUAGCUUCUGAGGCAUUGCAUGGCGAUAUAUCUCAACAUCAGAGGGAGAGAACAUUGAAUGGAUUUCGGCAAGGAAAAUUCACUGUGCUUGUUGCCACUGAUGUUGCGGCUCGUGGACUUGAUAUUCCAAAUGUUGAUCUAGUUAUCCACUAUGAGCUUCCCAAUGAUGCAGAGACUUUUGUGCAUCGCUCUGGACGAACUGGACGAGCAGGGAAGGAAGGUUCUGCAAUUUUAAUGUAUACUAACAGCCAAAGGAGAACCGUCAAAUCUCUUGAACGUGAUGUUGGAUGUAGGUUUGAGUUCAUUAGUCCUCCAUCUAUGGAAGAAGUUCUAGCGUCAUCAGCUGAGCAAAUUAUUGCAACUCUAAAUGGAGUUCAUCCUGAUUCUAUAAAGUUCUUUACCCCAACUGCUCAAAGAAUAAUCGAAGAGCAAGGGACAAGUGCACUUGCUGCUGCGAUAGCACACCUAAGUGGAUUUUCCUCUCCUCCUUCAUCCCGAUCUCUUAUUAGCCAUGAACAGGGAUAUGUAACACUGCAAUUGACAAGAGAUUCCACUUAUUCUAGAAGGGUCCUGACUGCUAGGUCCGUCACUGGGUUUCUUUCUGAUGUGUACCCUGCGGCUGCCGAUGAAGUUGGGAAAAUACAUCUAAUUGCAGAUGAGAGGGUUCAAGGAGCAGUAUUUGAUCUGCCUGAGGAGAUUGCAAGAGAGUUGCUGAAUAAGGAAACACCACCGGGAAACACCAUCACAAAGAUCACUAAGUUGCCUCCUCUGCAAGAUGAUGGCCCCUCAAGUGAUUUUUACGGAAAAUUUUCUAGCAGAGAUCGCUUUUCUAGCAGGGACCGUUUUCCACGAGGCGGUUCUAAGGAACGGAGAGGAGGUUCGAGGACCCCCAGGGGUUGGGGUAAUGGCCGAGAUUCUGACAAUGAGUUCCAAGGUGGAAGAAGUAGCUGGUCCCGGGCUUCGAAAAGCAGUAGGGAUGACUGGCUAAUUGGUAGUGGCAGCAGAUCAACUAGGUCACCCGCCCGUGACAGAAACUUCGGAGGUUCAUGUUUCAACUGUGGGAGAUCUGGGCAUAGAGCAUCGGACUGCCCUGAAAAGGUAGACUUUUAGGGUGUUUGGUUUUAGAGAUAGUGUUGGAACAAAAGCUGGGAGUAGUAGAGGGCAACUUGGGUUUUGGCAGAGAAUAGGGCAUUCACUUGAUGAUGAUGGAGACGCCAUUGCUGCUCUGCGAGGGAAACUAAUGUUUGUAGUUAGUUGUUUAUUUUUGGUAGUCCAGUCAUUUGUUAUUCUCUCUCUCGCUGUUUUGUUGCCUAAAAUGUGCGGCCUGCCAGAAAUGUCAAAUUGGCCCCCAUGAUUGAAUACAUUAUUACUAUUAUUAUUAAAAUGGCAUACCAAAAUCCUCUUCCAA